AUUCUUGAAACAUUUUCGUCACAAUCGAGAUGUGCUCUUUGUUUGUUUAAUUAUGACGUCAUUUCGAGGAAUGCCGCGUGUUGCAUUAUGGCGUAAUUUAAACUUAAAUUUGUUUAUCGAUGACGUAGGUCUGAUGACGUAGGGUGUGAUUACGUCAUCAAGAUGGAGCUGAACGAAAUUAACGAAGAAAAAGCUGAAACAAAGAUAAUUGGUGGGGGAGAUCGGGUGAGUGGGGAAAAAGGGAAAUUCCCUAAACACGUCUUCUUUAUAAUUGGGAAUGAAUUCUGCGAAAGAUUUUCCUACUACGGGAUGCGAACGGUGCUCGUCUUAUACGUUCGAAACUUCCUUUUAUUCGACGAUGACACGUCCACCUCCAUCUUCCACGCCUUCACCAUGCUUGCUUACUUCUUCCCGCUAGUGGGCGGUAUAAUAGCUGAUUCUUAUUGGGGGAAAUAUAAAACCAUUGCUUAUUUAUCCAUCGUAUACGUCAUCGGUCACGUGUUAAAGACAAUAGCAGCGAUUCCAUUCAUACCAGGAAACACGACACACACGAUACUUUCAAUGUUCGGUUUAUUAUUGAUAGCGGUUGGCACGGGGGGAAUCAAGCCAUGCGUGUCAUCGUUUGGAGGCGACCAGUUUAAACCGCACCAGGUUUUAUACUUGAGUCAAUACUUCGCCAUGUUCUACUUCUCCAUCAACGCUGGUGCUCUUAUAUCGAAGUUCAUAACCCCAAUGUUCAGAGCCGACCUUGAUUGUUACCCCGGCCAUCAUGGGCCUAAGUACGAUGAAUGCUUCACUGUGGCUUUCGGGGUUCCUGGUUUGCUGAUGCUGGUAGCUGUAGGAUUCUUUUUCGCGGGGACGAAAUAUUACACCCAAGUUCCGUUGGAGGGCAGCAUAUUCUGGAAGUUUUGUAAAUGUGUUUACUCUGCGUUACGUAACAAGUGGAGAAGGAGAAAAAACGAGGAAGGAGAGGAGCAUUGGGUGGAUUACGCGGAUGCUCCGGAAUCACUAAAGCGUGACACUAAAUACGUCAUGGGGAUUCUUCUUCUCUUCACCCCUCUCCCUUUUUUCUGGGCUCUCUUCGACCAACAAGGCUCCAGGUGGACGCUGCAAGCUUUGCAGUUGGACGGGACGUGGGGCAGUUUCUACAUGAAACCCGACCAAAUGGACGUCAUCAACCCACUUCUAAUCAUCACAUUGAUACCUUUGUUUGAGACGACACUAUACCCAUUAUUACGUUACUAUAACGUGAACUUUUCCCCCCUCAAAAAAAUGACGGCUGGUUUGAUUUUGGCGGGAGUAUCGUUCUUGUUUGCAGCUGGUCUACAGUUUGCCAUCGAUGCUGAUUUAACUCCACUGCCACCUAGCGAUCAAUUCUCUGUCCGCGUCAUCAACCUAUCUCCUUGUGACGUCACUAUGACGUCAUCGAAUCCAGAUUACAACGGUAUUAUGGUGGGAACAGAAAAGAUUAGCGACACCCAGUUCAAGUUCGUAGAAACAAAGGAACCUUUCACCUUAUCCCACGUCACGUGUGUAGGAAAUGAGGUACAAACUAACUUUAACGUAACUUCCGGUGAAGGAAAAGUGAUUGAUUACGUCAUAUCCGGGCUGCUGGGGGAACAUUCGAUGUUGAGCGAGAUGGCGACCGCGAAACCUGAGAAUGGAAGAUCCUCUGUGACGUUUCUAAACCCUUAUGAUGUCACAAACAUAGUGGUCAACGCGUCUGGUUAUGAGGUCACAGUGCCUGCCAAAGGAAGAUCGAAACCUGUACAAGUUAAAAGUGGCACAUCAAGUUACCGAAUAUACGCUGGUACAUCUGAAUACGAGGGCCGGUUAGAGGUCGGGGUUGGAGGGGUGUAUACUGUAGUUCUGGUGGUAGGUGAUGACGUCAGAGCCAUGAAUACGUCAUCAGGGGUGUUAAAGGACGUGAACACGAAUAACAUUAAUAUUGCUUGGAUGAUACCACAGUACUUUGUGAUCACAGUAGGGGAGGUUUUCCUCUCCAUUACUGGGCUCGAGUUCUCUUACACGCAGGCCCCAGCCAGUAUGAAGUCCGUAGUAUCAAGUAUAUGGCUCCUCACCGUUUCGAUGGGCAGCAUUAUCGUACUCGUCGUCGCCGAAUCUCGUAUGAUUGACAGGCAGGCCCAUGAAUUUAUUUUCUUCGCAUGUUUGAUCGGAGUCGCUUCCAUCGUGUUUGCUUUCCUGGCUCGCAGAUACAAAGCAUCGAAACCGCAAGAAAUUCCAAGCAAGAAAGAAAAGAACGAAAUCGAAAAGACAGAACUUUUAGAAGAAAAAACAGACUUUAGUGAAUGAAUUCGUCGUAAAAUAUAUUUUAAUCCUGAUUUUCUAAUUUAGUAACAAACUAAUUAAUUCUCUUUAUAUAAAACAGAAUUCACAAUCUUGUUUUGCGAUAACUUAAACCCAAUGCUUAAAUUGUCAUUAAACUAUUGCCUUUGCGUUUAAAAUCCCCCAUACUACUAUCGUUGCUCUUGUAUUAAUGCGUUUGUUUAUUAAAAAGAAAUAAAAACUAAACCGAUAAACAUCAAACACUAUA